AUGCAAACUAGAAGCGGAAAUCAGCAUAAAUCAGAGGCUACUCAAAAGCCCAAGAGCCAGAUAUUGCUUGACAUUGAAAAGAAUCCUGGUAUUCUUUGGAAAGGUUUGUUGAAGCAAUACCCCGUCUACUACAAGCUUGGCGAGCCAUUCCAAACAGCAUUCCGGAACCGCUACAACUACCUCAACUCGAUCAAGGAGAAACAUCCACAGCGUUAUUGGGAGCUCUACGCAAAAGCUGGAGAGACCAUUGCACGAUCUAUCUCCGAAUCGGGCAGCUACCGAGAGACCAAGGACGUCAUUGACAAAGAAGCCAACACGACCAAUCAAGAGCCUGAGGCUGAGCCUGCAACUGUGGAGCGCCAAGACGGUACAGUGGUAUCAUCACUGACGGAUCCUACCUACGGAGCUACGCCCACAAAGAAGAAGAUUCUCUUCAAGAAGCAGUACACCCCCAACAAAAAGAAACCAACCCCCCAAAGCACACCAGUACGGAAGAACCUCACAAUGCCAUCCAAGGCUUCUAGCUCGAAGAAGUCCGGUGGAUCCAAAGGUUCUGGCUCCUUUGGCUCUCCGGCCGCCAAGCGUCAGAGCAAAUUCAGCUCACUUGAUGAAGCGCAGCAGUUUGCCGACGAGACAAUCCAAGUUGAUUUUGAUUUCCCGGAGAAGAAUGGAGGUCCCCUCAUUUGGGUCCAGCUCAUCACGGAGUGUACAACAUCAGAUGGGUCGACAAUGUAUGACAAAGUCGACAUUCGUCUUGCGUCGAUCUUUGACUUGUCAGAUGCUCACCAAAUCUAUGGAGGGACAGUUUGUGAAGGCCGAGCCUUUCUGUUGCGCUUGCCAUGGGUGCCCAACUUCAUCCUUCGCAACCACAAGCAGAUGCUGAAGAAAGAGAAGAAGAAGUGUGGUCGUACCAAGAAGAAGCUUGCUGCAGCUUGCAACGCCAUUCUCAAGUCCCAAGAGGAUGACAACGACAUUGCGCCUCGCCGUUGGAAACACGUGCUGUUUGUCUUUCCGGAUGAGAUGGUUGUCACGUCUGACAUGAAAACCGGCAUGAUUCCCAUCACCGAUCAGAAGAUGCUGCUGAACCUCCGAUUCUUGGAUAUCAAGAAAACUGUUGUUGGAGAAGGAGAAGACGAAGAAGUGAUGGAGCAAGCUUUCUUUCCCUCGUUCUUUUCCCUCCGUGUCAUUGAUGAAGAUGUAGAAUUGUUGUCAUAG